AUGUCACGAAAGCCAGGCGCAUCCACCGCCGCCGCCGGCGCGGGUACCAGCGGCGGCGGCCUCCCGACAAUCAGCACCGAAGACAUGUGCCCCAUCUGCAAAACCAUCCGCUACCUCAACAAAGACAUGGAAUUCCUCAUCAACCCCGAAUGCUACCACUCGAUGUGCUCCAGCUGCGUCAACCGGCUCUUCAACGACGGCCCCAACCAAUGUCCCUACGCCGGCUGCCACCGCACCCUCCGCCGCAAAGGCUUCCGCGCCGCCUUCUUCGGCGACCUCUCGGUCGAGCGCGAAGUCGACAUCCGCCGCCGCGUCGCCGCCGUCUUUAACCAAGCCGAGGACGACUUUGAGACCCUGCGCGAUUACAACAAUUACCUCCAGAUGGUCGAGGAUUUGACCUUUGACUUGGUCUCGGGGACUGAUGCGCAGCGUCGCGCGGCGGAGGCGACGCUGCAGCAGUGGGAGGCGGAACACCGCGCGGAUAUUGAGCGGAAUCGGCGCGCGGGGAAGGAGGCGGAUGAGCAGUCGCGGCGAAGGUUGGCGGCGGAGCGGGAGGCGGCGCGGCAGAGACGGGUGGAGGCGUUGCGGGAGGCGGAGGAGGAGAAGCGGGAGCGGGUGCGGAAUCGGGAGGCGGAGUUGGAUAGUUUGGCGCAGGGCGGGGUUGGUGCUGCUGGUGCUGCGGUUGGGGCUCAACGGGUCCAGCUCAAGCGCCGCGGUCAGGCAGCGGCUAACCGGGCGGUUGAAGCGGCCGUUCACUCAGCUGCUGCUGCUAUUACGGGUGCCACGGGGGCCACUGGGGCGUCAGAUGUCGGCCGGCUUUCGAUUCGUGGGUUGAAGGAGAAGAAGAAAGCGCCUGCGCCGGAGGGGCCGUAUGAUCCGUUUGGGGGGCUGGAUUUUGCGCCGGGCCGGUAUAAGGUGCAUGAUGGGCUGCGGCACCCGGCUAUUGACAAGUACAAGAAGGAUCAGGCGCAUAUUACGGGUGGGUAUGAUUUCGGGGAGUACACGGCGCGGGCUAUGUUUGAGGCGUUUGCUGGGCUGGGGGUGUUUAUUGAGGAUGAGAAGGAGGUGGGUAUUGGACUGUCUGCGAGCGAGGUUGUUGGUAUGAGCGCGGGGAUUGCGGCUGUGGGGGAUCGGAUGGAGCUGGAUUAG